GUUUUAAUGCAGAAAGCGAAAAUGAAAGUUUAAGCCUAAUUAGAAAUGAAUUUGGACAAGAUGGGUGACAUUUUUCCAAAUCCAUGUCAUUGUGUUGCUGCCUUUUGUACUCCUCCACAUCGGUUACUAAAGUUUAAUUUAGCAGUAUUCUACUCCACUUGAAGUUACUGAACGUCACGUCAUUUUCGGCGGACUCACCUUCUGCGCAUGCGCGAGCUCGGUCAACAAGUUUUGUUGACAAUGGACAGCACGGCGUUGGAAGUCGACGCGAUCAAAUUCGCCAAAACCGCGGUUACCUACGACCAGAAUGGAAAAUACAACGAGGCGGUGUUUUAUUAUAAGGAGGCCGCCCAAGCGCUUAUCUACGCUGGCAUGGCGGGUUCCAAGCUAGAUGGCAUCCAGGACAAAGUGAACGAGUACCUGGAUCGAGUGCAGACACUUCAUAAUGCUGUGAGCUCGGCGGAAGCGCAAAAGAGUGACCCGCUAAAAUCCCCUCAUCAGGUGGACCUAGAGCGUGCCCACUUCCUGGUCACGCAGGCCUUCGAAGAGGACGGCAAGGGAAAUGAUGACGAAGCUGUGGAGCUCUAUACUCAGGCCGUUGAGCUGUGCAUCAAAACGUCCAACGAGACAUCUGACCAGGUGUUGCAGACCAAGCUGAAGCAGUUGGCACAUCAGGCUCUAGACAGAGCCGAAGGUCUCAAACAAUCACAGUCCAAAUCCGGUCCGUCGCAGACCCAGGAAAAGCCGGGACCCUCGGGCGUGAAGCCCGGCACGUCGGGACCCGUCCGGCAGUUUUUCCCACUGGGUCCCGACUUUAGCCUCCACGACCGGCCACAGCCUCAACCGAUGAGGGUGGUCCAGUCCAGUGAACCGCAUGGUCAGCGAUACACGUCAGAUGAGAUUGAGGUCCUCAGGAGCACGUCGACAAUCAAUGGGAUCUCCUUCGUUCCCUUCAUGAGCGUGGACCUCAAGGAGCGCUUUGCCUUUCCCGUGCCGUUCUCAGACAAAAUGGGCACGCUAGCUCUGUCGCCUAAGCAGAAAGCCAUCUUCUCCCGCUGGGUGCGACCCGAUGAGUUCUGCAACAGUCCCACCAUGAUCAUGUCUGUAUCCAGCUUCAGCAUAAAGCAGACGGUGGUGUCCGACUGUUCCUUCGUGGCCUCGCUCGCCAUCAGCGCCGCCUACGAGAGACGCUACAACAAGAAGCUAAUCACCAGCAUCAUUUACCCUCAGAACCGACGUGGAGAACCCGAGUACAAUCCGUGCGGGAAGUACAUGGUCAAGCUGCACAUCAACGGCGUUCCCAGGAAGGUGAUCAUUGAUGACCUUCUGCCGGUGGACCGCAGCGGGGAGUUGCUAUGCUCAUACUCCAGCAACAGGAACGAACUGUGGGUAUCUCUCAUAGAGAAGGCUUACAUGAAGGUGAUGGGAGGGUACGACUUCCCAGGAUCCAACUCGAACAUCGAUCUUCACGCACUCACCGGUUGGAUCCCCGAACGCAUCGCCAUGCACUCAGACAAUCAGUCCUUUAGCAAAGACGACACUUUCCGCAUGCUCUUCCAAAGGUUCCACAGGGGCGACGUCCUCAUCACCACAGCGACCGGCGUGAUGACUGAAGAAGAAGGGGAGCACUGGGGCUUGGUGCCAACUCACGCCUACGCCGUCCUCGACAUCAGGGAAUACAAGAACAUGAGGUUCCUUCAGCUGAAGAACCCGUGGAGCCACUUGCGCUGGAAGGGGCGCUACAGCGAGCGCGACGAGAAGAAUUGGACGCCAGAGCUUCUCAAGUACCUCAAUUUUGAUCCCAAGACGGCCCAGAAGUUUGAUAACGGUGUGUUUUGGAUCGCCUGGGAAGACUUAUGUCAGUACUAUGAUGUCAUUUACCUGAGCUGGAACCCCGCCCUCUUCAAAGAAUCCACCUGCAUCCACAGUAGCUGGGAUGGAAACCAAGGCCCGGUCAAGGAUGUUUACAGUUUAGCCAACAACCCGCAGUACAAGCUUGAGGUGCAAUGUCCAGCAGGGGGUGCUGCCGUAUGGGUGCUGCUUUCGAGACACAUCACGGACAAGGAGGACUUUGCGCAAAACCGAGAGUUCAUCACGCUGGUUGUUUACAAGACCGACGGAAAGAAGGUUUACUAUCCAGCCGAGCCGCCUCCUUACAUUGAUGGAAUUCGGAUCAACAGCCCUCACUACCUGACAAAAAUCCGUCUGACCAACGGCGGGUCGCACACCUUCACGCUGGUAGUGUCGCAGUACGAGAAGCAGAAUACCAUCAACUACACGCUGAGGGUGUACUCCGGUUGCAAAUUCAACUUCUCCAAAAUCCCAAAUCCCUUCACACACACCAAAAGGAUUAACGGACAAUGGAAAGGUGUGAGCGCCGGCGGUUGCGGCAACUAUAAGGACACGUACAAGAACAAUCCCAUCUACCAGUUGCAACUGGAGCGGCCCGGUCCUCUACUAAUAGAACUUCGAGGUUCCAGGCAAUACAGCGUUGGCUUCGAGAUGAUCACCGUGUCCACCACCAGCGACUCCGCCUCGAAUUCGACACCAAAGAGGAGCAGCGGAGAUUACAGGUGCGGAUUCUGCUACAUGGAAGCAGACCACGUGCCGGCGGGCGUCUACAAUGUCAUUCCCACCACCUUCUUGCCUAAACAGGAAGGACCCUUUUUCUUGGACUUUGCAAGCACCGCCCCUCUUAAAGUAGCGCAUCUGCAAUGACGCCACCCAACUUGUCUGAUAGAAACAUAUUAAAGCCAAACAGAUGGACUGGAUGUCUGAAAAUCUCAAAUAUGCACGGAAUCCUUUCAGGUACGCUUUUCAUACACAUAAAUGAGGUCAAUAUACGGUCGGCGUAGUCGCAACGUGAGCUCGGUUAAAAACGUGAUGUCAUCACUCACAAGCGUAAAAUAAACAAAUCAGGCUGUGAAUGUCAUCAUGGGAAAAAAAUGUUUCGCUGCGGGAUGGCUUGAGAGUGCACCGUCACGAGGUUUUGUCACGGUUAAGUUGUGGUUUUCCUGCCAGGUGACUGCUGACAUGCUAGUUUGACUUUGUAGACGCUAUGACACCAAUAGCAGGGAAAUAGGAGUACUAGUUUAGGUGUCCCAGUACUUAUGUCCCCGAUCUAAUUAUGUGAUCGGGGUGAAAUAGGUCAGGUAUUUAAAAUGUAUUUAGUUUUACUUUUAAAGAAACACUUUGCAACUUUUCAGUUUUGGUUGAAUUUAAGUUUCCCAUUAGGACCAGCGCACACCUGCACAGGGUAGUAAAAUCAUUAAUCGAUCAAAAAUCAAUCUCCCGGUCGCCUGCAGAUGUAUUAAACAACAUUUCUGUUUCCAGCGGCUGUGUGAAGGAUGAAUAGUAAUAAGGUAAUGAAUCCAGUUGUGGCUAAACAAUAGCGUAUGUCGGUGAGCACCUCAGUUUGGGGGUCAGCCAUGUUGGUAGGGGCAAUGUUCCCAUGUAAGUCAAUGCAUAGACAUUAAAAUUAAGUUAUGACUAUCUUAUUUUUUCAAGUUUAAAAAAAAAUAAUAAUUUCAAAGCAGUGAUGCCAAAGACACCACUAGACGUCCAAUGAACAAAUUAGGGUUGUUCCGAUCAUGUUUUUUUGCUCCCGAUCCAAUCCCGAUCGUUUUAGUUUGAGUAUCUGCUGAUCCCGAUAUUUCCCGAAUAUAUAUAUUCAACACACAGUACAUAAGUACUGUAUUUGUUUAUUAUGACAAUAAAUCCUCAAGAUGGCAUUUACAUUAUUAACAUUCUUUCUCUGAGAGGGAUCCACGGAUAGAAAGACUUGUGACUUUGUAUAUUGUGACUAAAUAUUGCCAUCUAGUGUAUUUGUUGAGCUUUCAGUAAAUGAUACUGCAGCCAUUCAACCCAAAUGCAUGAGGGGAAGUGGAACCAUGACUGUGUGUAGUGCUACCAAUUGAUAUAUCUUCUCUGCGUUGGGAAAUAUCAUAAGGUGUUAAGAAAAAGAUCAGUUGCUACCUUGCUUCCCCACAUUGCUUCCCAUGAUAUUUCUAAUCGUAGGGAGAGGAAUUGUAAGACUUUAGCUAAUUAAAAAAGGCUCCAAAGGCUGCCAAAAUUCACCUGCCUUUUAUCUAUCUAUAUAGGUAAAACGGCGCCAUUACAGAUUGAGUGCGAUAAUGCAUGAGUGGGUCGUGUAGCAUGCAUUAAUUGCGUUAAAUAUUUUCACGUGAUACAUUUAUAAAUAAAUAAAUUUUAUAACCCUACCUCAAGCCUGAACUAAAGACUCUGGAUGAGUGUAACAUAUUAUGUCUGUAACGUUAAAUACAAUUAGAAAACGACUUAAUUAAAAAAAAUAUAUAUAUUAGAAAAAGGCAUGGCCGAUAUUUUUUUGCCGAUCCCGAUACUUUGAAAAUGACGUGAUCGGACCUGAUCGAUCGGGACAUCUCUAAUAUUUAUUAUUCAUAAUGUCUGUCAUUUUUAGCUUAGAAUCAUUA